CCUCUGAGACUUCAGCAGCCAGUCUCAUCUCCUUUCUCUGCAGAGGCGAAGAAUACCCACCCACCUAGAGAAAUCCCUUAUCCAAACUCACAAUCUGCCCCCACCCACAGACUACCCCUCUUUCUCACCCACCCAUCAUCUACCUGCUCCUCUGUACCUUCCAGCAUGGCUGAAACUACUAAGACCCACGUUAUCCUGCUGUCCUGCGGCAGCUUCAAUCCUAUCACCAAAGGACAUAUUCAGAUGUUUGAGAGAGCCCGGGAUUACCUGCAUAAAACAGGAAGGUUUAUUGUGAUUGGAGGAAUCAUCUCACCCGUCCAUGAUUCUUAUGGGAAACAGGGUCUGGUCUCAAGUCGGCAUCGCCUGAAUAUGUGUCAGUUGGCUGUGCAAAAUUCAGACUGGAUUAGGGUAGACCCAUGGGAGUGCUACCAGGAUACUUGGCAGACAACAUGCAGUGUUUUGGAGCAUCACCGAGACCUCAUGAAGAGGGUAACUGGCUGCAUUCUGUCUAAUGUGAACACCCCAUCAGUCACCCCCGUUAUUGGUCAGACCCUGAACCAGCCUACACAGCCCGUCUAUCAAAACAACAACCUCACCAACAAGCCCACGGCAGGCAAGUUUCUGGGGAAAGUUGGAGAAGGACUGAGUCGUAUGUGCUGUGUCCGUCCCAAUCUUCAACGCGUUACAUUUGUAGAUGAGAAUGCAAACUUGGGCACAGUUAUGAGGUAUGAAGAAAUAGAGCUGCGGAUCUUGCUCCUGUGUGGUAGUGACCUGCUUGAGUCCUUUUGUAUCCCUGGCCUCUGGAAUGAGUCAGAUAUGGAGGUGAUAGUUGGGGAUUUUGGCAUCGUGGUUGUGCCACGUGAUGGUACAGACACUGAGCAAAUCAUGAAUCACUCAUCAGUUCUCCGGAAAUACAAGAACAACAUCCUUGUGGUGAAAGAUGACACCAACCAUCCGAUGUCCCAUGUGAGCUCCACCAAGAGCAGGUUGGCCUUGCAGCAUGGAGAUGGACAUGUGGUGGAUUAUUUGGUGCAACCCGUCAUUGACUAUGUACUGAAAAGUCAGCUUUAUAUCAAUACAUCGGGGUGACCGAAUCUGUUCUUACUCUAGGUGACGCCCCAUGCUCACCUUCGUCAUCACAGUACAAUGUGUUAUUCCUCACUACUCCCUACAGUCUCCUCACAGAUCAUGAUACCUCUUUACCCCACUCAUUACUGUCCUCCUCACCUCUAUGCCUUACUCAUUCACUUAUAAUAUCUUAUGACUCCAAAGCCCAAGGUGAGGACAACGCUCGCUGUACUUCUGGUGGGAGUGCUUGGGGCAGUGUUUUUAAGGUGUGCGUCUAAACAUUAGAACCAUUCUGUAUAUAUUAUGGGGAAGGUGGGGUAUAACAUAGCCCAUUCAGUGCCCGGCACAUCAUGUCAUGCUAGGUGGGCAUAUAUUUUUUCCCCUUAACAUCAGGUGGGAGUGGAAGUAUGAUACCUUUAUUACUCUCUUUAAAUAGAUUUUCUCUUUUAUUAGGAAUAGGUCAAACAUCCCUGUUCUCUUUCUAUCAAUAGAGAAAAGGGUGAUAACAAGAAAAGGGGGGUGUUGCUACAUUUCCCCUAUAUGCAUUCUGCAUGUAACUGGCAUGUUCUUCCUGUGCUUAUAUCUCCAUAGUGUUAUCAUAACCCCUGCCCAGGAGGAAAAGGUAUAGGACUCACUAAAAAGUGCAACAAUUGAUACGAAACUAGUAGAGAACCUUCAUUGGGCUACUAUAGGAGGGUAAAAAUACUUUUAGCAGAAAGUGAUCCUGAGCAGAAGGUGCAGAAAGUACAUUGGGGGGAAGCUAUUCUGGAAGAAUGUCUAUAUGUAGCCUCAGUAUUCAAUCCAGCCAUGUCACGUGGUGCCAUAGACCCAUGUACACCCCAUCUUCCCAAAUUCAUGACUUUCACUGAUCCCAUUGAUCAGUACUGGCAAUUUCAUAUAAGAUGAGGUAGCAUUGGUGGAAGCUAUUUUGGAAGCACGCCUCUAUGUAGCCUUGAUAUUAUGUUCCGCCAUGUCAAAAUGGUGCCAAUAAACCUUACAUAUGCCCCGCUCUUCCCAAAUUUUUGACUUUCAAUAAUUGCUUUAACAAAUUGGAAUUUGGGAUUUCAUAUAAGAUGAAGUAGCAGUUUUAAAGAUGUUACCAUCCUCCAACCGCAGACACAUUUCCAACUUGUGUAGGCCUUUUGUAGGUACCAGGGCUCAUGCAUGAGCUACUACCAUUUAAAUUGGACAUUUAUUUGGAUAUAAGGGAUCCAAGGUUGUUGUGUUGGUUAUAAAAGACUUAUAAUCACUUAAAUAAGAAUAUAAAGUUAGUGUAGUUAUAAAUUAGAAACAAAAAGAUUGUAGAGUAAUAUAAAAUACAUUUGAAAGGGCUAUCGAUGAGCAUGAGUAUUGUAGGCUGUAGAUAUAAAAAAAAACAACUUAAUACUGAAAUCUGAAAUGUUUUUAAACCCAUCAUAUAAAACUUGGUAUUAGUUGGGGACAAUAUACCAUGAUAGUCACUGCAGCUAUUGUCUACAUGAUCCUAUAAUGGAUUGAUGCUCUGGGGACCUUAAUAAUGCCAGCAUGCAUCUUUUCAUAUUCUCACCAUUAAUGGAGCCUGAACCAUAUAAACAUGCUUUGUAUACAUCAGCGCCCAUCCCUCCUCAUCUUAUGUUGGCUCGGCUUUCUUUAGGCAUGUAAUAGAUACAUUUCCUACGCUAAUGGGGUACUGUUGAUGAGGACUCCAAAAAGAUCAGAUACGACCUAUAGGAAUACAAAGGGUAGUCCAAUGUCUGAGAUCUCUUGUGGCUACUGGCCCCAAGCACGAUGUACUACUGUCCCCUAUUGACUUGUUUCUGGGACCCUUUUCCAACAUGUCUGCUUACAGAUAUGUUGAGGAAAGUCAAAUCCUAAGAAUAAUUGACUUUCGAGUGGCCAUAAAGAGUUGGAAAUAAAGGACCAGAAGGGGUUAACUGAAAUUUAUGUAAAUUGUGGGGGAAAAAAAUGUAUUUAAAUAGUGGGGGGUUAUAGUCUCACGUCUGAAGGGUUUGACUGCAGUUCUUGACUAGUGUAUGGUACUGUUCAUAUUAAUGUCGCUGUUUUACCAAUAAAGAUUUUGCUUUGCUAGAA